AUGCACCGGGCUUUCCAUCAAUUACUUCAUAAAGCCAUCUGCAACAACGUGACGCCACGGUGUGCGACAAAGCGGCGGUAUGUGACGAGUUGGGAUGAGAACGUGUUGACUGAUCUGUCUGUCUUCUUUUACCAGGCCAACGAAUACAGCCACACCCUCCCCAGAGGCCCUGCCUCCCAUGGUGUCCUGGGUUUCCAUAGCAACAUGUUGUCAUCCAACCAUCCCAGCGAGGACCGCCGGAGCAGCGCCACCUGCCUGCCGGGCCGCGGCGGCGUGCUGUUUGGCGUGUUUGACGGCCACGCGGGUUCGGCGUGCGCUCAUGCUGUCAGCCAGAGGCUCUUGUACUACAUUGCCGUGGCAACGCUCCCGUUAAGGACGCUGGCGGAGCUUGAACGGGCGGUGGAGGAGGAACGGGCCGUACCGCCCCUGCUGGAAUGGCACAAACACCCGCAAGACCACAGCUGCCUCGACGGCGGAGCGAGCUCCUUCCACAGCCUCCGAAACUACUGGCAGGAGAGGCUGGACAACGAAGAUGAAGAGUUGGAGGAGGAGGAGGAGGAGGGGGAGGAGGCGGAGGUAGGGGUGGACUGGUCGCUGGUCAACGCUUUCUGUCGCCUUGACUACGACCUGUCUGUGGAAGCCCAGGCGUGGUCUCUGUCCUCCCCCCUCCGGGUGGCACUCUCUGGCAGCACGGCUUGCAUCGCCCAUGUCUCCAAGGGUGUCCUGCACGUGGCCAACCUGGGAGACAGCCGGGCCGUUCUGGGUGUCAAGGAGCCAGACGGGAGCUGGUCAGCGGUCAGCCUCACCAACGACCACAACGCACAGAACCCAGACGAGCUGCAAAGGAUUCUGGGGGAACACCCGCUGUCAGAGCGGAAGACGGUGGUCCGCCACGAACGCCUGCUGGGUCUGCUGCUGCCCUUCAGGGCGUUCGGUGACGUCCGCUUCAAAUGGAGCGCAGAGAUGCUGAGUCGAGUCUACGAAACGCGACCGGACGUCCUGUCUAUGGUCAGCGAGGCAGUCCGGACGCAGCCGCCACACUACCUGACCCCGCCCUACCUGAGUGCCCAGCCGGAGGUCACCCAACACCGCAUCCGACCUGCUGACAAGUUCCUGGUCCUGGCGACUGACGGACUCUGGGAACUGAUGCACCGACAGACGGUCAUCCAGUUGGUGGGGGAACAGCUGACAGGCCUACAGCAGCAGAGACCCAUAAUUCCCGGCGCGGGCAUGACGCUUGGUGGCCUGCAGCGCCUCCUGCUGGAAAGGAAGGGGCGUGUUCUGUCAGUGCUUGAGGACCAGAACGCGGCCACCCACCUUCUCCGCCACGCCCUGGGGGAUGAUGGGUACGGAGCGGUGGCACCAAACCGCCUGGCCAAGAUGCUGAGCCUGCCAGCAGAGUUGGCCAGGAGGUACCGCGAUGACAUCACCAUCACUGUCAUCCACCUGAACGAGCCCGACCUUUAAAUCAGGACACCUGCAGGAGUUUACAUACCCGGUAAACAGGCAUGUGACAAAUUAGUAACUUGUGCUUUUACUCUGAACUUUGUUACGUGUUCGCCUGUCUUCUCUUUGUAGUUUGACUUUAACUACAAGUAGCCUACAGGUCGGAUUUAACAGGAUUUAACUAUUCCUGUGACUUCCUGUAAAUUCUUUGAAGGCGGCUGGAAACGGCUGGAAACUGUCCGACUUGACCGCAGCUUUUUGACACCUCCCCAUGCUGCUGACGCCUGAUCUCGUCUACUUUCCUGGCGAGUCGCAGUUCAUCUCGAACAAGCUAAAUGUGUUUUUAGAGAAACAAGACAUCCUUUCCUCUGAAGCGUCACGCGAAGCAACGUCCGUUUCUGAUGACAGCAGCAGCUGAUCACAGCUGGAUCAGCUGUCAGUCAGCUUUAACAGCUGUAGAGACUUCUGAUGGAGUUGGUCUCUGCACACAUGUUCACUGAUCUAAUACUAAUAAAGACAGUUAUUCUC